CCUAUUGCUCUAAACCAUUGGAAUCAUAUCAUCCCCCUCUUUCUCAGUAAUCUCUCUCUCUCUUUGCUGGCUUUCACCAAAGUCCUUUUCUUUGACAAAAAAAUUGUUUUGUUUUUUUGUUCCCGGCGACUCUCCACAGAAAUUCCGGUGACCCAUUUCGAAUUUGGACCCACCCAGAUCUGAUACGGACCCCAUUUGUGGGAAAGACAUUGGGGCCCGCAUUGAUUUCCGAUGGUUUUAAGAUAAAAACCCAACAAUUGUUCGAGUUUGACUGUAUGAGUUCGAUGAUGACGAUGAAGAAAGAGAAAUAGGGUCUUAUAGAAUCUUAAAAUGAGAAGAUGAAUGUAAAUCUGGGUUGGGGUUUAGGUUGAGAUUCAUGGGGAUUUGUUUUAGUAUCGAAGAAAAACAAUCACAACAGCAGCAGCAGCAGCAACAACUGCUGCAAAAACAAGAUCCACUGCAACGGCAGUAUGUGAAGAGGAGUCAAGUAGGACAUGAAUCAGCUACAUCUCCAAAUGCACUAGAAAGAAGUGCAAGUAGCACUCCCUUGGCUCCCAAGAAUGUUAAAGAUCUCCGUGAAAAUCCUGGAUAUAGUAAUGUUGAUAUCUUUACAUAUGAGGAAAUGAGGUUGGCCACAAAGUGUUUCCGGCCAGAUUUGAUUCUUGGCGAGGGUGGGUUUGGAAUUGUAUACAAAGGAGGCAUUGAUGAGAAUGUGAGGCCAGGUUACAAGACCACCCAAGUUGCCAUUAAGGAGCUUAACCGAGAAGGGUUCCAAGGUGACAGGGAAUGGCUGACAGAAGUUAAUUAUUUAGGGCAGCUCCGUCACCCCAAUCUUGUGAAGCUCAUUGGGUAUUGCUGUGAAGAUGACCACAGGCUGUUAGUUUAUGAGUACAUGGCAAGUGGGAGCCUUGAAAGACAUCUUUUUCGAAGAGUGGGCUCUACACUAACUUGGUCAAGAAGAAUGAAGAUUGCAUUAGACACUGCAAAAGGACUUGCUUUUCUUCAUGGUGCCGAAAGAUCUGUCAUAUAUCGUGACUUCAAGACGUCAAACAUCUUGCUGGAUGCGGACUUUAAUGCGAAGCUUUCAGACUUUGGCCUAGCAAAGGAUGGGCCAAUGGGAGAUCAAACCCAUGUUUCAACACGAGUGAUGGGUACUUACGGGUAUGCAGCUCCUGAGUAUGUAAUGACUGGGCAUUUAACGGCUCGCAGCGAUGUUUAUGGAUUUGGGGUAGUACUACUUGAGUUGCUCAUCGGAAGGAGAGCGUUGGACAAGAGCAGACCCAGCCGAGAACACAACUUGGUCGAGUGGGCCCGCCCACUCUUGAACCAUAACAAGAAGCUUCUGAGGAUCUUAGAUCCCAGGCUGGAGGGGCAGUACUCAGAUAAAGCAGCAAUGAAGGUGGCCCAUUUGGCAUACCAAUGCCUUAGCCAAAACCCGAAAGGGAGGCCUGUCAUGAGCCAAGUUGUUGACAUCCUGGAGAAUUUUCAGUCGAAGGCAGAAAACCAGGAAGAGGCAUUGCUUCAUGGCGGAGGCAGUAGUCUAACCCUUUAUGAGGUUCCAAAGGAUACCCCUGCCACUGAGUCAGAGAAGAGACACCCAUCCAGCAGUGAGAGGGGGCCUGAGGUGCAGAGGAGCAAACCAGGGAAAGGAAGGAGCAAAAGUGAGCCUUCCCAUGAUUGUGAUCUAUUUAGCCCUUCUCCCCUUUUGUCUGUUGAGAAAUAUGCUUCUUCUAGGAGUUGAACCUGUACCAAAUAUCCAUGUAAGUUACUUGUAUAAGAUCUGUAACUUUUCUGUCCAUUCUGUGUUUUGAGAUAAUUAUUCUUCUGCUCUAAAAAAAAUUGAGAAUUCAUGCCCGUUUCAUUUUAUUCUA